AUGUAUGGGCCUGUCGCACUAAGUCUAUCCGACCUAAAGACCGCGGCGGAGGCCGGGCGCUCCGCCCCGCAGCCCGCUUUGCACCCUCCAGCGUCCGAGCAACGUCAGACGGGCUUGGACGGCAAUGAACUUGCACGGAGCGUCACCCGUCUAGCCCAGCGGCAGGCCGCGUGGAGAUACCCGCCGUCGGCGAGAAGGGCAUUCACCGUUUUAUCAAGUUUACGGAGGCGGCUGGCGCACGAUAGAGAGGUGCCGGCGACGCGGCUCGGCGCUUUGUUCCACGCGGGGCGCGUCGCAUCGCUUUACCCUAACGCCCGUUCGCAAGUGAACCCGCCCGCUAUUAACACGAAAGCCGCCGUCAACAAUCCACAU